AUGUCAGUUGCCAAUGUACCCAAAGUCAUUGCUUUGGACGAAGAGCCUCUUUUUCCACAAUUUCACAAUUUACCACCAGAGCUUCGCCUACACAUCUGGAAAUACGCUCUUCCAAAUGGUCGAACACUCAGAGUCAAAGUUGACGCAUAUGACGAUUCACGAGUGUCUCUCCUGGGAAACUUUUCCGCCAUUCCCACCAUCUUUCAUGUCAACUUAGAAGCCCGACAAUUAGCAUUGAGCAUUUGUCGAAAUGGGCUUGGACCAGAUACAGAAGAGUCGGACUUCUAUUGGAAUCCAAAUACCGAUACCGUCUACUUCCCUCCAUCUGCAUCUUGGACAAACGGCAUACUGGAACAACAUCUGUUUAAAGACAACGUUCCAUCGUCUCAUAGAAAUGGUGGCAUAAUGCCUGUAGUACAGCACGUUGCAUUUCCGCUUAAUGUAUGGCUAGCACAAGGUCUCUAUCUAGAACCACUACCAGCCUGCUGGCUCCUAGACUGGCUGCACCAAUUCCCCUCCCUCAAAUCCCUCACUCUCCUCAUCGAACCCUACGACCAAUGGGUCGGCCUCCCAAACACCAGCAUCAUCUACUACUCACCCCUCGACAUCCCCGUCCAACAACUCCUAAAUACCAAACCCUCAGUCAUCACAUCUCAAGUCAAGAAAUCCCUAGAAGCAUACAGAGUUACAAUAGAUCCUAACUGGAUACCCCCAGUAGUAGAUGUAUUAGUGCUGGGUAUGAAAAAGUUUAAAACAAAUGAGUAUUGUAUAAGGCAGAGGUCGAAUUUGGAUAGAGAGGAUGUGACGGGUGUUUAUGAGAUAGGCGUUUCGAAAGAGGAGAGAUCGGCGAGGAUUUUGGUUAAUAGGUGGCCGGCGGAAAUUCAUGCGCUUAGUCGGUGGUCGAUGAUGGGAAGGGAGGAUGAGGAGGAGGAGGAGGGGCCGGAGUUUUGA